AUGGAGAAUCUUCAUCCAGAAAAACAAGAAUUUACAAAGAAUUAUCAAAUACGAAGAAAAUCUUUACAACCCAUUGAUCGACAUCGAGAUGAAAUUGAUUCUCAACAAAGAAUUUAUCUCAAUGCAGGAAUUGACUCGACUUGUGGAAUUAAAAAAAUCGGUCGAGACAAAUUCGCGUCGCACGAAAAUCUCUCUUCGUAA